UGGAACCCGUGGCUGAGCCGCACUUGGAGGCCGGGAGCUGGACUCGGUUCUCAGAGGCUGUUUGAAGCGCACGUUAUUGGGAGCGUUUCCCCCUCACUCCCCCAGUACGGUAGCCAUUACUUGGCGAACCAGGGCCGCCUGAGCGAGCUGGAGGCCAGGCGCAAGUUCUGGCAGAUCCUCUCAGCGGUGGAGUACUGCCACAACCACAAGAUCGUCCACCGGGAUCUGAAAGCUGAGAACCUGCUGUUAGACAGCAGCAUGAACAUUAAGAUAGCAGAUUUUGGUUUUGCUAACUUCUACAAGCCAGGGGAGCCUCUGUCCACGUGGUGCGGGAGCCCGCCCUAUGCAGCUCCGGAGGUGUUCGAAGGACAGCAAUACGAAGGGCCUUUGCUGGACAUCUGGAGCCUGGGCGUGGUCCUCUACGUGCUGGUCUGUGGAGCCCUACCCUUUGACGGUCCGACGCUCCCGCUGCUGAGGCAGAGGGUCCUGGAGGGCAGGUUCAGAAUACCCUACUUCAUGUCCGAAGACUGUGAGCACCUCAUCCGCCGCAUGCUGGUGUUAGACCCGUCCAAGAGGCUCAGCAUUGCUCAGAUCAAGGAGCACAAGUGGAUGCUGGCGGAGGUCCCGGUGCAGAGGCCCGUCGGACACCCCCAGCCCAGGGAGGGCGAGACCGGCCCGGGCGAGUACAACGAGCAGGUCCUCCGGCUGAUGCACAGCCUGGGCAUCGACCAGCAGAAGACGAUUGAGUCUUUGCAGAACAAGAGUUACAACCACUUUGCGGCCAUCUACUACCUGCUGGUGGAGAGGCUGAAGUCGCACCGCAGCAGCUUCCCCGUGGACCAGCGGCUCGACGCCCGGCAGCGGCGGCCAAGCACGAUCGCGGAGCAAACCGUGGCCAAGGCGGACCCCGCGGUGGCCCAGGUGAACCUCUUCACGCAGAGCGUCAGGAUGCGGAGGUCUCCGGCCCUGCCCCCGAACCCUGCCGUGGACUCCUUCACCCUAACCCUGCACUUCAUGGAGGAAGACGUCAACACUCCCAAGGUAAACGGGUGCCUCCUGGACCCGCUGCCCCCCUCGAUACCGAGGAAGGGGUGCCCCCCCACGCCCAGCAACAUGAUGGAGACGUCGAUCGACGAGGGCAUAGAGACGGAGGAGGACCCCGCCCAGGUCUACGCCUCCUUCCAGGCAAUGAGGUGCGGUCAGCGCCGGCACACUCUGGCCGAAGUCAGCGACCAGCCAGGGGUGCUGCCAAGCACAGGGAAGCUGUACGCCGUGGGGGACAUUCCGCCCAUGGGGAGCGUCGACGCGGAGUACGAGCUGGGGCUGGUGCACGGCGAGGACGCGCCGGCCGGCCAGCCCGUGGCCCGGGUCACCCCGCCGCUUUCCGGCAUCAACCCCCCCAACCCCGCCAUGGAGGCGCUGGCCUCGCAGAAGCGCGAGGUGCAGAACCGGUCCCCGGUCAGCUUCCGCGAGGGCCGGAGAGCCUCGGACACUUCCCUGACGCAAGGUAUCGUCGCCUUCCGCCAGCACCUGCAGAACCUGGCCAGGACCAAGGGGGUCCUGGAGCUGAACAAGGUCCAGCUGCUCUACCAACAGAUGAACUCGGACAUCGACCUCGACUCCCUCCCGUCAACACAGUUGCAGAGGCUUCUCACCACCCACAACCAGGAUGAGUCCGCACAGCAGGCUAGCACUGCCCUGUUCCCCAAUGGAGUCCAUCCACACCUGUUGUCCAGACGUCAGAGCCUGGAAACCCACUACCUGCAGCAUCGAUUGCCGAACCCCAACUUACUGAACAAAGCACAGAACAGCUGCCCUAUGUAUUGCAAGGAGAUCCCCAGGAGCCUGGAGCAACAGCUGCAGGAACACAGGCUGCAGCAGAAGCGCCUGUUCCUCCAGAAGCAGUCCCAGCUGCAGGCCUACUUCAACCAGAUGCAGAUCGCUGAGGGCACCUACCCCCAGCAGAUGCCCGGCCAUCACCCCGACGUCCAGCCGCCGUUCGGCCUGCCGCAGCCCGUCAGCCCGGCCCUGGCGCCCGCGGGGCAGAUGCGCUGCAACCCCUUCCUCCGCCAACACUAUGAGCUGCAGCUCCCCCCGCAGGCCCCGGCCCACCUGGAGGGGCAGCUGCGGUUUCCCUACCCGCCCUGCCACGCGGUCGGGGCCACGGCACCCGAGCCGGGCUACCCGGAACAGUGCCCCUACGCUCUCAACCAAACCCAGCCGGCGGCCAUGCCCCUGCCCGAGAACCAGGCGGGCGAAGCUGCCCCUGACUCGCUGGAGACCUACAAGGACGUAGCGAUCCCCGAAAUGCCAGGGCUCUUUGACUGCGAGAUGAUGGAGACUGUCGACCCCCAACACGGGGGCUACGUCCUGGUGAACUGACCUCGCUGAGAAGGAAGGGGUGACCGGAAGAGAAAUGGAGUCCGUUUCGUUUGUACAUUUCGAGAUAUCACUAAACCUGACGACGUUUUUUUUUUCCUUCUUCAAGCGUGGCUGGGGGAGGGGGGGGCGCAGUGGAGGUCUGCCGUGCAGGAACUGGCUGACUCGUAGGAGCGAUCGUCGUGGGGGUUCCUUCGGGCCUCGAGAAGGGAGAGAGAGGCAGGAGAGGCGGACCUUACCGUGGAACGCGCUCCCAAAGUGGGGGGGGUUGUGGACAAACACAGCGGAACGACGAGCACGCAACUCGGCUUAGGACGCGGCGCACGACGGGUCGUAUCGGUUCCGCCGGGGGGGGGGGGGGGAGAAAAAAAAAAAGAAGCAAUACGUUAAGCGAGAAAACUUUGAGCUCAGUAGCUGGGAAAUUCACGGAAAAUUUAUGAUCUAACCAUCCCAACUGAGAAUCCUCCAGCCGACAACCGCGUACCUCCCGUUGACCGUCGAACAAUGCAAUGUGUCUGGGGUGGCUGGUGUGUGUGUGUGCUUAACUGCUUUAAGCUGUGACCCCCCCCCUCCCACCACCACCCCCCCCCCCCUAGAAACCGAGUAGCGGGACUCGCUUAUCGUAAUCCAAGGUAACCCGUCCCAGAUCGCCAAGGAGAGAGAGAGAGAGAGAAAUAAAACUGCUUGACUCAUACAUUUCACACGCCAGAGGAUGUUGCUAGAUUAGGGUUAAACACCUUAGCGUAGAAAGUUCUAACAAAUCUUUUGAAAAGCUCCUCCUUCCGGGGGGGGGGGGGGGGGGGAGGGUAUUUUAAGUCUACACGCCUCUGGAUUCAGAAGGAGGUAAUUUGACGUGUUAGUACUCGUUCAGUGUUUGCUUUCGAGGAAUAAUUCAUUGUAAUUUUGGAUUUCAAACAUGAGUUGCUGGUUGCUAAUUAAAGACAUUGUACACUUUGCCUAGGGUUUUUUAGAAGUUCUAUGAGAAAUAAGCUUUACAGACAGAAACUGUCGCGUGAGGUGUGAUGUGCUGUGCCUUUUUCCCUUUUCACCCCUACCCUCUCCCCCCACCCCCCCCCCCCCCGGCUUCCUUUAACUUAAACGUAAACAGCAACACAUUUCUGGAAAGAAGUUUCGGCAAGACGAUGCCCCCAGUUAACCAAAGUCACUUCAGAGCCGAGCCCUGGGGUUCCACCGUGUGGAGCACAGGGCUCCGUCUCGCUCUGCGUUCAGACUGACCUGUAUGUAAAGAGUAAAAAGCAAUAUUUAUUAAGUGUUUUCAAGAGAUGAUUGUAUACUGAGAUGGCUGUUUUUUUUUCCUGUUCUGUCGGAAUAACGUCUCCUCGUUUUCCCUCCUGCUCCAUUGUACGCAAGGUCAGGGUAUUUCAAGUUCAUCCUCCGCCGCCGGGCGGAACAAUGUUCCCCUGGACCGAGGUGUCGUGGGGUCAUAGAAAAGUACAGUGCAGAAAACAGGCCCUUCGGCCCACCUACCUACCCCGUGCUGGAACCGUUUAAGCUGCCCGCUCCCAUCGACCCGCACCGGGACCACACCCCUCCCACCCGUGUACCUUGUCCAAACUUCUCUUAAACGUCGAAACUGAGCUGGCAGCUCGUUCCACGCACCCACCGCCCUCCGACUGAAGUUCCCCUUCGGCUUUUCACCCUUCACCCUUAACCCAUGACCUCUAGCUGUUGCCCCACCCAGCCUCAGUGGGAAAAGCCUGCUUGCGUUUACCCUAUCGAUACCCCUCAUAAUUUUAUAUACCUCUAUCAAAUCCCCUCUCAAUCUCCCACGCUCCGAAGAACGAAGUCCCGACCUUAUAACUCCGGUCCUUCAGACCCGGCCACAUCCUCGUAAGUUUUCAACCUUGUUUACCUCGUUCCUGUAGGUAGGUGCACGGCACUGUUCAUAUGUAACUUACACACACACACUCACACUCACACACUCACACACACACUCACACACACACACACACUCACACACACACACACACACACACACACACUCACACACACACACACACACACACACACAGAGACACACACACACACACACUCACACACACACACACACUCACACACACACACACACACACUCACACACACACACACACAGAGACACACACACUCACACACACACUCACACACACACACACACACACGCACACUCACACACACACACACACAGAGACACACACACACACUCACACACACACUCACACACUCACACACACACACACACACACAGAGACACACACACACACACACACAGACACACACACACACACACUCACACACACACACACUCACACACACACUCACACACACACACACUCACACACACACUCACACACACACACUCACACACACACACACACACACACUCUCACACACACACACACACACACACACACACUCACACACACACACACAGAGACACACACACACACACACACAGACACACACACACACACACACUCACACACACACACACUCACACACACACUCACACACAAACACACUCACACACACAUCUUACCGCAAAUAAAUUAACAAAUAAUUAGGUGCAUUUACAAGUUAAUAAGUAAACAGUACUGGCGCUCCAUACAUGAUUAAAUUAAUUUGCAAAACCACCUGGCCCAGAACUAGCUGAAGUCUGUAGGAUUUGGUAGGUACACAGACCUUUGAAGCUGCCAAUUUUGUAGAUUCAGUUGGCGUUGACUUCCUAUUCCACCAUGAAAUGUCAACACUGUGGAAUUUGCAGUCUUAACUCAUCGCACCUCAGCCUCCUGCGGGAGAUCUCUGAGCCCGCUUCCCUGAGCAGACAGGCGGGCGAGCGCCGCAUGGGUCUCUGUGGUGUUCCCGAGGCCCGGCCAGUCGACAGCACCCAGAAGCCCAGUCAGCGACUCGCUUUCUCCCCCUCAGCGUUCCUGCUCCCACUCCUGCUUGCUGCCCGUUCGGCUUUCCCGGGCCGUCGGUGCGUCCCAUUUGCUAAUAAUACCACGUCCUGCCUCUCCCGCCCUCCACCGCCACGCCCGGACAUCUCAAGCCCGGCUGCGACUCAAGAGUGGGGAUGGUUUCGAAGCACGGCUUUCUAGAUCUUCCUUGGAAUGUGCUACCCAGACACGGCCCAAGGGGGACAACCCUCGGUGAUGCUGAUCCCUGCCCCAAGCCCUCUGCCACAGCAUCUUAAAUAAAAAUACGUCACCAAUGCCCCUCCCCCCCAAACGCCGCAAUGUUUUCUCAAGGUGUGUCACUGCCGCUGAACUUGAUUUCUGGUUUUUCGGUCAGGAAAGGAAUCUCCUGACGCCUCAGCGGGCCAUCGCUGUGACAAUGCAGACCCUCCGAGAAUGACCAAGCUUGUCCCAGGCUUGAUGACCCAGGCAUGCGGAGGGACGCAAUGCACGAGACGCUGUGGUAGGAUCGGGUAGGAUGGGGCGUAUUGAACACGAUGAUGAGGCAGCGACUUGUGUCUGACAGUGACUGGGGUGAAUUUUUGUCUAACAGAGAGUGGGGUGACAUUUUGCCUGACAGAGACUGGGGUGUCUGUGUCUAACAGAGAGUGGGGAGACAUUUUGCCUGACAGAGACUGGGGUGUCUGUGUCUAACAGAGAGUGGGGAGACAUUUUGCCUGACUGUGACUGGGGUGUCUGUGUCUGACAGAGAGUGGGGAGACAUUUUGCCUGACAGAGACUGGGGAGACAUUUUGCCUGACUGUGACUGGGGUGAAUUUUUGUCUAACAGAGAGUGGGGAGACAUUUUGCCUGACAGAGACUGGGGUGCCUGUGUCUAACAGAGAGUGGGGAGACAUUUUGCCUGACAGAGACUGGGGUGUCUGUGUCUGACAGAGAGUGGGGAGACAUUUUGCCUGACAGACUGGGGUGAAUUUUUGUCUAACAGAGAGUGGGGAGACAUUUUGCCUGACAGAGACUGGGGUGUCUGUGUCUGACAGAGAGUGGGGAGACAUUUUGCCUGACAGAGACUGGGGUGUCUGUGUCUAACAGAGAGUGGGGUGACAUUUUGCCUGACAGAGACUGGGGUGUCUGUGUCUAACAGAGAAUGGGGAGACAUUUUGCCUGACAGAGACUGGGGUGUCUGUGUCUAACAGAGAGUGGGGAGACAUUUUGCCUGACAGACUGGGGUGAAUUUUUGUCUAACAGAGAGUGGGAAGACAUUUUGCCUGACAGAGACUGGGGUGUCUGUGUCUGACAGAGAGUGGGGAGACAUUUUGCCUGACAGACUGGGGUGAAUUUUUGUCUAACAGAGAGUGGGAAGACAUUUUGCCUGACAGAGACUGGGGUGUCUGUGUCUAACAGAGAGUGGGGAGACAUUUUGCCUGACAGACUGGGGUGAAUUUUUGUCUAACAGAGAGUGGGAAGGCAUUUUGCCUGACAGACUGGGGUGUCUGUGUCUGACAGAGAGUGGGGAGACAUUUUGCCUGACUGUGACUGGGGUGACUGUGUCUAACAGAGAGUGGGGAGACAUUUUGCCUGACAGAGACUGGGGUGUCUGUGUCUAACAGAGAGUGGGGUGACAUUUUGCCUGACAGAGACUGGGGUGAAUUUUUGUCUAACAGAGAGUGGGGAGACAUUUUGCCUGACAGACUGGGGUGAAUUUUUGUCUAACAGAGAGUGGGAAGACAUUUUGCCUGACAGAGACUGGGGUGUCUGUGUCUAACAGAGAGUGGGGAGACAUUUUGCCUGACAGAGACUGGGGUGUCUGUGUCUAACAGAGAGUGGGGAGACAUUUUGCCUGACAGACUGGGGUGAAUUUUUGUCUAACAGAGAGUGGGAAGACAUUUUGCCUGACAGAGACUGGGGUGUCUGUGUCUGACAGAGAGUGGGGAGACAUUUUGCCUGACAGAGACUGGGGUGUCUGUGUCUAACAGAGAAUGGGGGAGACAUUUUGCCUGACUGUGACUGGGGUGUCUGUGUCUGAAAGAGAGUGGGGAGACAUUUUGCCUGACAGACUGGGGUGAAUUUUUGUCUAACAGAGAGUGGGGAGACAUUUUGCCUGACAGAGACUGGGGUGUCUGUGUCUAACAGAGAGUGGGAAGACAUUUUGCCUGACAGAGAGUGGGGAGACAUUUUGCCUGACAGAGACUGGGGUGUCUGUGUUUAACAGAGAAUGGGGAGACAUUUUGCCUGACAGAGACUGGGGUGUCUGUGUCUGACAGAGAAUGGGGAGACAUUUUGCCUGACAGACACUGGGGUGUCUGUGUCAAACAGAGAGUGGGGAGACAUUUUGCCUGACAGACUGGGGUGAAUUUUUGUCUAACAGAGAAUGGGGAGACAUUUUGCCUGACAGAGAAUGGGGAGACAUUUUGCCUGACUGUGAUUGGGGUGACUGUGUCUAACAGAGAGUUGGAAGACAUUUUGCCUGACAGAGACUGGGGUGUCUGUGUCUAACAGAGAGUGGGGAGACAUUUUGCCUGACAGACUGGGGUGAAUUUUUGUCUAACAGAGAGUGGGGAGACAUUUUGCCUGACUGUGACUGGGGUGUCUGUGUCUGACAGAGAAUGGGGAGACAUUUUGCCUGACAGAGACUUGGGUGUCUGUGUCUAACAGAGAGUGGGGAGACAUUUUGCCUGACAGACUGGGGUGAAUUUUUGUCUAACAGAGAAUGGGGAGACAUUUUGCCUGACUGUGACUGGGAUGAAUUUUUGUCUAACAGAGAGUGGGGAGACAUUUUGCCUGACAGACUGGGGCGUCUGUGUCUAACAGAGAGUGGGGAGACAUUUUGCCUGACAGACUGGGGUGAAUUUUUGUCUAACAGAGAGUGGGGAGACAUUUUGCCUGACAGAGACUGGGGUGUCUGUGUCUAACAGAGAGUGGGGAGACAUUUUGCCUGACAGACUGGGGUGAAUUUUUGUCUAACAGAGAGUGGGGAGACAUUUUGCCUGACAGAGACUGGGGUGUCUGUGUCUAACAGAGAGUGGGGUGACAUUUUGUCCGACAGAGACUGGGGUGAAUUUUUGUCUAACAGAGAGUGGGGAGACAUUUUGCCUGACUGUGACUGGGGUGAAUUUUUGCCUGACUGUGACUGGGGUGGCUUUUUGUCUAACAGAGAAUGGGGAGACAUUUUGCCUGACUGUGACUGGGGUGAAUUUUUGCCUGACUGUGACUGGGGUGGCUUUUUGUCCGACAGAGACUGGGGUGAAUUUUUGUCUAACAGAGAGUGGGGAGACAUUUUGCCUGACUGUGACUGGGGUGAAUUUUUGCCUGACUGUGACUGGGGUGAAUUUUUGUCUAACAGAGAAUGGGGAGACAUUUUGCCUGACUGUGACUGGGGUGAAUUUUUGCCUGACUGUGACUGGGGUGGCUUUUUGUCCGACAGAGACUGGGGUGAAUUUUUUGUCUGACAGAGAAUGGGGAGACAUUUUGCCUGACAGAGACUGGGGUGAAUUUUUGUCUAACAGAGAGUGGGGAGACAUUUUGCCUGACAGACUGGGGUGUCUGUGUCUGACAGAGAGUGGGGUGACAUUUUGCCUGACUGUGACUGGGGUGAAUUUUUGUCUAACAGUGACUGGGGUGGCUUUUUGUCCGACAGAGUCUGGGGUGAAUUUUUGUCUAACAGAGAGUGGGGAGACAUUUUGCCUGACAGACUGGGGUGUCUGUGUCUGACAGAGAGUGGGGUGACAUUUUGCCUGACUGUGACUGGGGUGAAUUUUUGUCUAACAGUGACUGGGGUGGCUUUUUGUCCGACAGAGUCUGGGGUGGCUUUUUUCAGCCCAAUAGCGAGGGCCCUGCUGUGCUGUACACCGGACGGCCUCUAACCCCUAACCCCUCUCAGCCGCCUGACAUUAAGAGCCGUUCGGUUCUCCCACUUCCCCUAACCGGUAGCCAGUAGCUUAGACCGAACCCCUCCCCCCCAAACCGCCUCCCCUUCCUCCCCCAUCUCACUGCCCAGGGAGCGCACAGCAGGUGUAGAACAACGCAGUUCCACAGGCAUGUCCAGAGAACCUUGGCCAGGCUCAAUAGUCUCCUCCCGGCCUUCACUGCUUUCACGAAACCAUUGAGCUACAUAGCCCGCUAGGGUCUGUAAUCUGAAUUUGCCGUAGGGAGUGUUUUUACCUUUGUAAUCUUUUAAUACAACAAAUACUUUGAAGAGACUUUGGUGCAAUGUAUAAAGUUAAGGUGGUGACGGAAAUAAGUGCAAUAUGUGUGGACAUGUAGAAUGCGUUCUGUUAAUAGCCGAUGCACUACUGUGUAUGCUCUUGAUGUGUGAGGGAAAAAAAAGCUGCUUUUUUACGAUUUGGUAAUUAAACAAUAGUGUUGUUUCUACAGUAAUGAAAUGUCAUACACCUAAUGGACCUUUUGAAGAAACCAAUCGUCUAUGGUUACAUUGAGAAAAUCUGUGUAUUAUACUGGUGUGACACUGCCUUCUUUUGGUCUGUCAGAGAGAGCCUGGCAGCCCUCGGUACCUCAAAAGCAACGGUUUUUUUUGUAUGACAAUGAGAAAUUACGAAAGUGACUCUUCUGUUUUUUGUUGGAACUAUUUGGCAGACGUCUGCGCCAGAACUGUGUGGAGAAGAUGCUGCUGAGUUUUACGGUAGUUUGACAAGCAAUCUUUGUACUGUUAACCAAAGGAUAAUUUAAAAUCGGUAACUUCAAGGAUCUAAAGAAAUGCAGUUCAUGUAUUGGUCCAAAUUCUAGUUUGAUUGAAGAAUAAAUCAAGGUUGUAGUGUUUGAGCAAUAA